UGCACAUAUAUGUUAUUCCAGCAGUGGGACGAUCGAGUAGGGAAAGUGUGUCUGCGUGUGAUGAGAUGAGCUAGGGAGAAACCGAAAAAAGAAAAUCGGGAUGGAACUGUAACCCCCCCAUGACCUUCCACCAAUAGGACAAACACCAAAAGGAGGCAGGGAUUUCCAUAUAUUACGCGUACGCCCCUCCCGUCUCCGGCUCUACUAUAUUGGCAGCCUGCCUUCCGCCCCAUUCGACCCCCCCCCUCUCUCUCUCUCUCCUUCUACCUCUCGCUCUAUACUUACCAACACCAGCGAGCGAGCGAGCGAGGGCACUUGUUUUAUCCUAUAACUAGCAAGUGCCUAGAGGGAGCAGCAGAUAUAAGGGGAUUAAAAGCUCUCGCGACCGAUCGAUCUAGCUAGCACCGCAAUGAGCUCGGGCGUCGGCAGCAGCACGCUUGGUGGCUGCGGCGGGCCGAGCGGGAGCGGCAGCGGAGGAGGAGGAGGAGGCCUUGGCGGCGGUGGCGGCGGGCCGUGCGGCGCGUGCAAGUUCCUCCGGCGCAAGUGCGUGAGCGAGUGCAUCUUCGCGCCCUACUUCGACUCGGAGCAAGGCGCGGCGCACUUCGCGGCGGUGCACAAGGUGUUCGGCGCCAGCAACGUGUCCAAGCUCCUCCUCCAGAUCCCCGCGCACAAGCGCCUCGACGCCGUCGUCACCAUCUGCUACGAGGCCCAGGCCCGCCUCCGCGACCCCGUCUACGGCUGCGUCGCCCACAUCUUCGCGCUCCAGCAGCAGGUGGUGAAUCUCCAGGCCGAGCUGACCUACCUGCAGACACACCUGGCCACCCUGGAGCUGCCGUCGCCGCCGCUGCCGGCCGCGCCGCAACUGCCGAUGGCGAUGCCGGCCCAAUUCUCCAUCUCGGACCUGCCGUCCACGACGAACAUUCCGACCACCAUCGACCUGUCCGCGCUCUUCGAGCCGCCGGCGCAACCGCAGUGGGCGCUCCAGCAGCAUCACCAGCACCAGCUCCGCCAGCCUUCAUACGGCGCCAUGGCGCACAGGGGCGGCUCCAGCAUGGCGGAGGGAUCGGCGGGCAGCGGCAGCGGCGACCUGCAGACGCUGGCGCGGGAGCUCCUGGACCGCCACGGCCGGUCCGGCGUGAAGCCCGAGCUGCAGCCGCCACCUCCGCCGCACCCAAGAUGAGCUCAAUCCUCCCUCCAAGCCGCGCGCGUCGUCCAUGCCAACAAUAUGCCAUGGCCCGAGCCGAGAGCGAUCGAGUGCAUGGCCGUACCGUGCAAAGAGAUGGAGUUGGCGAUCGCAGGCGACAUGCAUGGCAGCAGAAGCACAAGAGUUGGCGCGCGCGCGGCAACAACGAGAGGGAUUAUUGGGAUCGGUGACGGAGGGAUGAUGGCGAGCAGCGUGGUUCGAUCGAGUAGGUAGAAGAGAAGAGAAGCAUUGGCCGGUUUUCGCGUAUCCACCUUGUUGUUAACCAGGGGCGCAAGGGCGCCCCACUUGCUCCAUAUUCUACAUUUGAUUUGGCUUUUCCUCCAACAGAGGACGAUCGCUCCAUCGAUCGGGUCCCUAGUCAGUAGAGGGUACCAGUAGUUUGACAUGGGUAGCUGCAGUGUUACUUUGGGCCACCGGCCGGCCGGACGUUCCAUUAAUUGCAAGAUUUUUAAGAAGCUUC